AUGUCACAUAAUCACGACUGCGAACAGGAACACCACAAUCAUUCCCAUACUGCACCGUUGCCAACCAACGCAAAACAGUCUUUAUACAAAUCAAUUGAUGUUUCACAGGUACGCUGCUUGAAUGUAGUGAGCAAGGGAACAGCAUCCAGCUUAAAUUCUGGGUUUAUUAAGAGCCAUGCAGAAAAGUAUAAUGUUUCCAAAUAUAUUGAAUCCGAUGCAGAUUGCCAAAUGUUGCUUCUCAUUCCAUUCACAUCUUCAUGUAAACUGUUUUCGAUAAUAUUUAGGGCCGGUAAUGGAGGCGAUUUGGGAUACAGCUGUCCUAAGCAUAUAAAAAUCUACAAGAAUCUCAAUAAGAACUUGGAUUUUGAUACGAUAAAUGAUUUGAAGCCAGACAGUGAAUUUGAGUAUCCUGAAGGACUUGGGGUUCACCUAACUUCUUCUCCAGAUAAUGCCGAAUUAGAAGUAAAGGAUGAUUCCACUUUUGUUGAACAUUUUUUACCUAGGCAUGUAUUUCAGAAUUGCCAGUCUAUUGCAAUAUUUGUCUCAGACAAUGUAUCUGGAGAUGAGGAUGACUUGACACAACUUUGUUACCUAGAAUUGAGGGGAGAAAGUACUGGUCUAAUACCAAAUAAUACAGUUCCACUAAUGGCUGUAUAUGAAGCCGCAGCGAACCCAAAUGACCAUGCAAAAGUGGAAUCUGAGACUAAGAUAUUCCAUUUCGGAAUGUAA